CAGCAUCCGACCCACACUUAAAAUUAAUGGAAGCUGUUUCGAAUCCUCCGUUAUUUAUUUCGUUCAGUUCCUAAAACAGCUUGAAAAAGCGGCUCAUCGUCCAAAGAAAAACGGUAGGGAUCCGCAACCAAGCGCUGUAAGUAAGCGGAAGGUUCCGCGUGGAGCAAACGCUGGAGGUCCAGCAGCGCGUGGGGGACCAAAGCGGUGCUGUCGUAAGCACGCGAUCACACAUACCGAGAGAAGACAGAAGACCCAGUCGGACCGGGGACACUCCACAGCGCCGCGCGCUGUAACUUGAGCACAGGCCACGCCCUCCGGGGAUUCCCCCCCGUGGGCAGCCGUUCAAAGCGGCGCUUCCACUCAGUUGCCCGACUUUCUGUUCAUACGCCGCGAGCCGCCAGGACCACGAUGGCCUCAGGAUGUCGGUAAACAGGGUUCCGCCGUGCUUUUCUCUUUUCGCGCGGUCACAUCGAUAUGGAGCCGAUAUGAUGAGCGCAGGAGAAAAUUAUUAUUAUAUUUCAGGGGAGCUGGUGGUGCCGCGAGCCGGGUUUCCUUCCUUUACUAUAAUAGCUUGUUAACCGUCGGCGGGCAAAAGAGAAGCAAGCUGUCGGUGGCAUGAAAUGCAAUAAUUCACGCGGAAGGUUUCACAAAGGAAAGGGUUUUUUUCAGGUGUGACUUUUUACCUGUCCCCGCCACCGCGCACGGGAUUUAAAAGGCUACUCCUAGUUGCAAGCCGUGAAGAGCCCGCGGACCUGCCGCGCGGUACCAUGAUGAUGGCGAACAAGCCGGGCGACGAGGGGGCAAAGGUGGACCUCGGCGAAGACAGCCGAGUUGACUCGGGCAUCGAAUGCUUGAAAUCGCUCAAUAAAGAAGACCAGGGGGGCAUGAAAGCGGCGCGGGGGCCGAGCUCGAGCGACUCGGACAGCGGCAAGGACAAGGUGGUGGACAAUGUGGCGGAGGAGCGCGUGGACUCGGCGUACAGCUCCGCGUACAGCUCCGCGUUCUCCAUGGAGAGCCUGAUGGAACAGUGCAGACUGUCGGAGCCCGAGGCCCCGCCGAUCGCACAUGAGACGCAGGGCGCCGAAGAGGACUCGAACCUUCUGGCCACCAUCACUGAGGACGGAGACACAAUCUUACACCUAGCAAUAAUCCAUGAAGAAUCUGAAUUUGCUCAGCAACUGAUAGACUUAUUCCCAAAAGAUGUGCUGGACAUUCAAAAUAAUUUAUAUCAGACGCCUUUACAUCUAGCCACCUAUUUAAACCUGCCGAUGGUGGUCCGGGACCUGGUGCAGAAGAAGGCCAGCGUGGAGCUGCAGGACCAGGAUGGUAACACAGCCCUGCAUGUGGCUUGCGAGCAAGGCCGAAUGGAGUGCGCCGGCGAGAUGACGAAAGAGAUCUCCAUGCGGCAGUUUGCUGAAGUGCUCAAGAUGCAGAACUGGAGAGGUCUGACCUGCCUUCAUUUAGCUGCAUUGCACAAAAACUACCGCCUGAUGAAGUUUCUAAUGAAAAAGGGUGCAGACCUCAAUGUGCAAGAGGGAACGAGUGGAAAGACGGCCCUGCACCUGGCUGUGGAGCUCCACGAUGAGGUCCUCGUGACCCUGCUCUUGAACAAAGGGGCCAACGUUGACGCCGCAAUGUUCAACGGCUGCACCGCCCUGCACUUGGCCGUCGGGAGGCAGGACGCCACGAUUGCUCACCUCCUCUGUCAGUCUGGAGCCGACAAGAUGCUGAGGAACAUGGAGGAUGAGACGGCACUGGACCUGGCUGAUGGCAAUGAUGACAUUCUUGCCCUCUUCCCAUUUGAUGACAUUCAAAUCUCUGGCAGGUCAGUUGUUGGCAUAAAAUUCUAAGCAUAUUUGGCCACUCAGAAGACUGUUUCAUGUGAAUUUAUUCAACACAAAUGUAUCUGAACUUAUUUUGACUUAUGUAGUCUCCUUCAGAGUACUAUAGUGUUUUUCUGCCAUUUUUACAUGGAAUUAUCGACAAAUAUGAAAAUUGAAAACUGCAUUCGCUAACAUACAUAUAAGACCUUUUGAUUUUUUUUUUUUUUUUAUUUUUUAUUUUUUUAAAAGAAGAGUUUGGUUAUUUUUUACAUUCACAUGUGUUUUCACUGCAACAAGAGGCAUUAGAUAAGAUGUAACUACAUAUGUGAAUGGACUGUCAGAUCAUUUCUCUCAAGCUGAAAGUUUAUGGUUUAUAUGUGGAAAGCAUAUUUAGCAUUUCACUUGUAAUAAAUGAAAAUACAAAAAUAACCCAGACUUUGUGGAAAUGUUUGAACUUCUUUGUUACCAAUACAAAUAAUAACUUUCAUAGGUAUUAGACACUAAAAUAUUCUA